AUGUCUUCCGAGCAGCACCACUUCGUGGUUUUUUUACCGUACAGUGUCAAGUCACAACCUAAAUCCUUUCCCGUACUCGAGAAUGCGUUGGUGCAGGACCUGGAAGAUGCAAUUCGUAACAAUCAGAAUUACAAGCGUUUCCUGGAGAACGAGGAGCUAUUUCUUUAUAAGCCUGGUGAGCUGGACAUGGAGCCACGCGAUGCACUCUAUCAAUCCGCUUUGAAGUGGCUUCGCGAAAAUGCAGAUAGCAUGAUGAACUCUGUGUAUCCCUUCUCAGAAUAUUUUGCAGAUGGUCCCGCACCUAGGGAGGGCAAGAAGGUAGAUGUCAUUGCUGUGACCAAUUCCAUUUUGGAAAGCCUCGACAAGGUACCCGACCUCGCAGAUAGCCGUGCUUUCAAGAUGACCGAAGAACGCCGAGCGCUUCCGGUUAGCAAAAUCCGCCGUCUUCCAUCUCCGUCUGAGGGUAUCCGCGAUGAGGCUGGAAUAAAACAAAGCACUGAUGAGAACCGCGGCGUGCAUGCUCAUCGUCCGGCUUCCAAUUAUGGACCACCAACAGCACUCUUCAACCAUGCCCUCGCCAGGCUUAAACACCGCCUGCAGCAUCUUGAUGAACAAGCAGAGUUGGAGCCGCCCCCUAAUAUGCUCUUCACUUGCCACCAGUUCAUUCUCACAUCUUGUGACGUACACAAUAGUGAAAACGACCGAGAACUUGCUUUGACAGGGUUCCUCAAUGUGUUGGUUGGUGCCGAUAUGUCGCCAAAAUUAAAGACCGAAUCUGGCACAGCACAGCCAGAUGCUAUUUGGGGCGAUCCGGUCCGUAUUGUUAUGGAAAUCAAGAACGAGGAUGGCCUCAGAGGCAACGCAACACUUCAGGCAACAAUCUCAGACAGCAAAAUUUUAGCACAGGACAAGUACAAAAAAUACGUAGAACGAUCGAACUGCCCAGUCGUCCUUAUUGGUAUCAUGGGUACUCGUUUAGAGGUAUCGACUGCUGUCUUCACUGAUGGAAUUUACGUCGACAAAUUAUUGUCUGAGGAAUUGUACCUUGAUGCUUGGCAGGCUGAAAAGGUUUUGCGUCUGGGUCGCAUUUUCAUGGCCGUGUCUCUAGCGUCCUCCGAACUCCGCGAGUAUUACGAGAAUCUCAAGCAUAGCGUUCGGACGACUCCGCGCACACUGUCUAACGCACACUGGUUUCCUAGCCCCUUGCCUACCGACGAACGUCAAAAUAUCCCGUCUUUGACUUACCUCGGCAAGCUAUCGCACACGGGAGAACUUGUGAAUGAACAGGAUAAUGAAGAA